AUGUGUAGAUCCGGACACGGCGCAAUGCUCCGGAUACACCUGCAUAUCCUUCGGAUACUGUUGUUUCUGCUGUUUUCCUCAACAGUGGUGUCCAGCAUCCGUUGCUACGAGUGUGAAAAUGGUGUUAAUCCAGCUUGUGGCAAGUACUUCAAAGCGUAUCAGUUCAAGGCGAAGAAAUGCGGUGACGGCAGUCCUUACUACAAGUGCGCCCUCCAGCGCCAGACAGAAUCAGAUGGAUAUGUCGGGAUUGCCAGAGUUUGCUAUGAGAUGGGGACACUGUAUGGCCUUAAUGAGACGGAUGGUUGCAGGGAAUGGACUAACGAGAUCGGGUUCACCGCCCUCUACUGUUUUUGUUCCACAAAUCUCUGUAACAAGGGAAACAAUCCAUCGUUGGACAACUUGCUAGUGAUGACAAGCGCUUUAGCGCUCGUAUACUCUUUCUUGUUCCAUUAG